AUGGCAGCAUACCCCCCUUCUCUAACACUUUCCAUCACCCCGCCCCAUUCUCCCGCUUUCCAUCACCCCGCCCCAUUCUCCCGCUUUCCAUCACCCCACCCCAUUCUCCCUCCUUCCAUCACCACGCCCCAUUCUCCCUCCUUCCAUCACCCUGCCCCAUUCUCCCGCUUUCCAUCACCUCGCCCCAUUCUCCCGCUUUCCAUCACCCCGCCCCAUUCUCCCGCUUUCCAUCACCCCGCCCCAUUCUCCCGCUUUCCACCACACCGCCCCAUUCUCACGCUUUCCAUCACCCUGCCCCAUUCUCCUGCUUUCCAUCACCCCGCCCCAUUCUCCCUCCUUCCAUCACACCGCCCUAUUCUCACGCUUUCCAUCACCCCGCCCCAUUCUCCUGCUUUCCAUCACCCCCCCCCAUUCUCCCUCCUUCCAUCACCCCGCCCCAUUCUCCCUCCUUCCAUAACCCCGCUCCAUUCUUCCGCUUUCCAUCACCCCGCCCCAUUCUCCCGCUUUCCAUCACCCCGCCCCAUUGUCCCGCUUUCCCUCACCCCGCCCCAGUCUCCCGCAUUUCAUAGCCCCGCCCUAUUCUCCCGCUUUCCAUCACCUCGCCCCCUUCUCCCGCUUUCCAUCACCCCGCCCCAAUGUCCCUCCUUCCAUCACUCCACCCCAUUCUCCCUCCUUUCAUCACCCCGCCCCAUUCUCCCGCUUUCCAUCACCCCGCCCCAUUCUCCCGCUUUCCAUCGCCCCGCCCCAUUCUCCCGCUUUCCAUCACCCCGCCCCAUUCUCCCGCUUUCCAUCACCCCGCCCCAUUCUCCUGCUUUCAAUCACCCCGCCCCAUUCUCCAGCUUUCCAUCACCCCGCCCCAUUCUCCCGCUUUCCAUCACCCCGCCCCGUUCUCCUACUUUCCAUCACCCCACCCCAUUCUCCCGCUUUCCAUCACCCCGCCCCAUUCUCCCGCUUUCCAUCACCCCGCCCCAUUCUCCCUCCUUCCAUCACCGCGCCCCAUUCCCCCUCCUUCCAUCACCCUGCCCUAUUCUCCUGCUUUCCAUCACCUCGCCCCAUUCUCCCGCUUUCCAUCCCCCCGCCCCAUUCUCCAGCUUUCCAUCACCCCGCCCCAUUCUCCCGCUUUCCACCACACCGCCCCAUUCUCACGCUUUCCAUCACCCCGCCCCAUUCUCCUGCUUUCCAUCACCCCGCCCCAUUCUCCCUCCUUCCAUCACUCCGCCCCAUUCUCCCACUUUCCAUCACCCCGCCCCAUUCUCCUGCUUUCCAUCACCCCACCCCAUUCUCCCGCAUUCCAUCACCCCGCCCCAUUCUCCCGCUUUCCAUCACCCCUCCGUUCUCCCACUUUGCAUCAAUCCGCCCCAUUCUCCAGCUUUCCAUCACCCCGCCCCAUUCUUCCGCUUUCCAUCACCCCGUCCCAUUCUCCCGCUUUCCAUCACCCCGCCCCAUUCUCCCGCUUUCCAUCACCCCGCCCCAUUCUCCCGCUUUCCAUCACCCCGCCCCAUUCUCCCUCCCUCCAUCACCGCGCCCCAUUCUCCCUCCUUCCAUCACCCCGCCCCAUUCUCCCACUUUCCAUCACUCCGCCCCAUUCUCCUGCUUUCCAUCACCCCGCCCCAUUCUCCAGCUUUCCAUCACCCCGCCCCAUUCUCCCGCUUUCCACCACCCCGCCCCAUUCUCCUGCUUUCCAUCACCCCGCCCCAUUCUCCCGCUUUCCAUCACCCCACCCCAUCCUCCCACCUUCCAUCACCACGCCCCAUUCUCCCGCUUUCCACCACCCCGCCCCAUUCUCCUGCUUUCCAUCACCCCGCCCCAUUCUCCCGCUUUCCAUCACCCCACCCCAUCCUCCCACCUUCCAUCACCCCGCCCCGUUCUCCCACUUUGCAUCACCCCGCCCCAUUCUCCAGCUUUCCAUCACCCCGCCCCAUUCUCCCGCUUUCCACCACACCGCCCCAUUCUCACGCUUUCCAUCACCCCGCCCCAUUCUCGUGCUUUCCAUCACCCCGCCCCAUUCUCCCACUUUCCAUCACCCCGCCCCAUUCUCCUGCUUUCCAUCACCCCGCCCCAUUCUCCAGCGUUCCAUCACCCCGCCCCAUUCUCCCGCUUUCCAUCACCCCGCCCCGAUCUCCCACUUUGCAUCACCCCGCCCCAUUCUCCAGCUUUCCAUCACCCCGCCCCAUUCUCCCGCUUUCCAUCAGCCCGCCCCGUUCUCCCACUUUCCAUCACCCCGCCCCAUUCCCCCGCUUUCCAUCACCCCGCCCCAUUCUCCCGCUUUCCAUCACCCCACCCCAUUCUCCCUCCCUCCAUCACCGCGCCCCAUUUUCCCUCCUUCCAUCACCCUGCCCCAUUCUCCCGCUUUCCAUCACCUCGCCCCAUUCUCCCUCUUUCCAUCACCACGCCCCAUUCUCCCACUUUCCAUCACCCCGCCCCAUUCUCCCGCUUUCCAUCACCCCGCCCCAUUCUCCCGCUUUCCAUCACCCUGCCCCAUUCUCCCGCUUUCCAUCACACCGCCCCAUUCUCACGCUUUCCAUCACCCUGCCCCAUUCUCCUGCUUUCCAUCACCCCGCCCCAUUCUCUCUCCUUCCAUCACCCCGCCCCAUUCUCCCUCCUUCCAUAACCCCGCCCCAUUCUCCUGCUUUCCAUCACCCUGCCCCAUGCUCCCGCUUUCGAUCACCCCGCCCCAUUCUCCCGCUUUCCUUCACCCCGCCCCAGUCUCCCGCAUUCCAUAGCCCCGCCCUAUUCUCCCGCUUUCCAUCACCUCGCCCCCUUCUCCCGCUUUCCAUCACCCCGCCCCAAUCUCCCUCCUUUCAUCAUCCCGCCCCAUUCUCCCGCUUUCCAUCACCCCGCCCCAUUCUCCCGCUUUCCAUCACCCCGCCCCAUUCUCACGCUUUCCAUCACCCCGCCCCAUUCUCCCACUUUCCAUCACCGCGCCCCAUUCUCCUGCUUUCCAUCAUCCCGCCCCAUUCUCCAGCUUUCCAUCACCCCACCCCAUUCUCCCGCUUUCCAUCACCCCGCCCCGUUCUCCCGCUUUCCAUCACUCCGCCCCAUUCUCCCGCUUUCCAUCACCCCGCCCCAUUCUCUCUCCUUCCAUCACCCCACCACAUUCUCCCGCUUUCCAUCACCCCGCCCCAUUCUCCCGCUUUCCAUCACCCCGCCCAAUUCUCCCGCUUUCCAUCACCUCGCCCCAUUCUCCCGCUUUCCAUCACCCCGCCCCAUUCACCCGCUUUCCAUCACCCCGCCCCAUUCUCCCUCUUUCCAUCACCCUGCCCCAUUCUCCCUCCUUCUAUCACCCCGACCCAUUCUCCUUCCUUCCAUCACCCCGCCCCAUUCUCCCACUUUCCAUCAGCUCGCCCCAUUUUCCCGUUUUCCAUCACCCCGCCCCAUUCUCCCGCUUUCCAUCAAUCCUCCCCAUUCUCGUUGCUUCCAUCACCCCGCCCCAAUCUCCCUCCUUCCAUCACCCCGCCCCAUUCUCCCGCUUUCCAUGACCCCGCCCCAUUGUACCGCUUUCCAUCACCCCGCCCCAUUCUCCCGCUUCCUAUCACCCAGCCCCAUUCUCCCGCUUUCCAUCACCCCGUCCCAUUCUCCCUCCUUCCAACACCCCACCCCAUUUUCCCUCCUUCCAUCACCCCGCCCGAUUCUCUUGCCUUCCAUCACCCCGCCCCAUUCGCCCGCUUUCCAUCACCCCUCCCCAUUCUCCCGCAUUCCAUCAUCCUGCCCCAUUCUCCCGCUUUCCAUCAUCCUGCCCCAUUCUCCCGCUUUCCAUCACCCCGCCCCAUUCUCCCGCUUUCCAUCACCCCGCCCCAUUCUCCCGCUUUCCAUCACCCCGCCCCAUUCUCCCGCUUUGUAUCACCCCGCCCCAUUCUCCCUCCUUCCAUCACCCUGCCCCAUUCUCCCGCUUUCCAUCACCCCGUCCCAUUCUCCCGCUUUCCAUCACCCCGCCCCAUUCUCCCGCUUUCCAUCACCCCGCCCCAUUCUCCCGCUUUCCAUCACCCCGCCCCAUUCUCCCGCUUUGUAUCACCCCGCCCCAUUCUCCCUCCUUCCAUCACCCCGCCCCAUUCUCCCUCCUUCCAUCACCACGCCCCAUUCUGCCUCCUUACAUCACCCCGCCCCAUUCUCCUGCUUUCCAUCAACCCGCCCCAUUCUCCCGCUUUCCACCACCUUGCCCCAUUCUCCUGCUUUCCAUCACCCCGCCCCAUUCUCCCGCUUUCCAUCACUCCGCCCCAUUCUCCCGCUUACCAUCACCCCACCCCAUUCUCCCGCUUUCCAUCACCCCGCCCCAUUCUCCCGCUUUCCAUCACCCCGCCCCAUUCUCCCGCUUACCAUCGCCCCGCCCCAUUCUCCUGCUUUCCAUCACCCCGCCCCAAUCUCCCUCUUUCCAUCAACCCACCCCAUUCUUCCUCCUUCCAUCACCCCGCCCCAUUCUCCUGCCUUCCAUCACCCCGCCCCAUUCUCCCGCUUUCCAUCACCCCGCCCCAUUUUCCCGUUUUCCAUCACCCCGCCCCAUUCUCCUGCUUUCCAUCACCCCGCCCCAUUCUCCCGCUUUCCACCACCCCGCCCCAUUCUCCUGCUUUCCAUCACCCCGCCCCAUUCUCCCGCUUUCCAUCACCCCACCCCAUCCUCCCACCUUCCAUCACCCCGCCCCAUUCUCCCUCCUUCCCAUCACCCCAAACCAUCCUCCCGCUUUCCAUCACCCCACCCCAUUCUCCCGCUUUCCAUCACCCCGACCCAUUCUCUCGCUUUCCAUCACCCCGCCCCAUUCUCCCGCUUUCCAUCACCCCGCCCCAUUCUCCCGCUUUCCAUCAACCCUCCCCAUUCUCCCUCCUUCCAUCACCCCGCCCCAUUCUCCUUCCUUCCAUCACCCCGCCCCAUUCUCCCACUUUCCAUCACCCCGCCCCAUUUUCCCGUUUUCCAUCACCCCGCCCCAUUCUCCCGCUUUCCAUCACCCCUCCCCAUUCUUGUUGCUUCCAUCACCCCGCCCCAAUCUCCCUCCUUCCAUCACCACGCCCCAUUCUCCCGCUUUCCAUGACCCCGCCCCAUUGUACCGCUUUCCAUCACCCCGCCCCAUUCCUCCGCUUCCUAUCACCCAGCCCCAUUCUCCCGCUUUCCAUCACCCCGUCCCAUUCUCCCUCCUUCCAUCACCCCGCCCCAUUUUCCCUCCUUCCAUCACCCCACCUGAUUCUCUUGCCUUCCAUCACCCCGCCCUAUUCGCCCGCUUUCCAUCACCCCUCCCCAUUCUCCCGCUUUCCAUCAUCCUGCCCCAUUCUCCCGCUUUCCAUCACCCCGCCCCAUUCUCCCGCUUUCCAUCACCCCGCCUCAUUCUCCCUCCUUCCAUCACCCCACCUUAUUCUCCCGCUUUCCAUUACCCCACCCCAUUGUCCCGCUUUCCAUCAACCCGCCCCAUUCUCCCGCUUUCCAUCACCCCGCCCCAUUCUCCCGCUUUCCAUCACCUCGCCCCACUCUCCCGCUUUCCAUCACCCUGCCCCAUUCUCCCGCUUUCCAUCACCCCCCCGCCCCAUUCUCCCGCUUUCCAUCACCCCUCCCCUUUCUCCCGCUUUCCAUCUCCCCGCCCCAUUCUCCCGCUUUCCAUCACCACGCCCCAUUCUCCCGCUUUCCAUCACCCCGCCCCAUUCUUCCGCUUCCCAUCAUCCCGCCCCAUUCCCCCGCUUUCCAUCACCCCUCCCCAUUCUCCCUCCUUCCAUCACCCCGCCCCAUUCUCCCUCCUUCCAUCACCCCGCCCCAUUCUCCCGCUUUCCAUCACCCCGCCCCAUUCUCCCUCCUUCCAUCACCCCGCUCCAUUCUCCCUCCUUCCAUCACCCCGCCCCAUUCUCCCGCUUUCCAUCACCCCGCCCCAUUCUCCCGCUUCCCAUAACCCCGCCCCAUUCUCCCGCUUUCCAUCACCCCUCCCCUUUCUCCCGCUUUUCAUCUCCCCGCCCCAUUCUCCCGCUUUCCAUCACCACGCCCCAUUCUCCCGCUUUCCAUCACCACGCCCCAUUCUUCCGCUUCCCAUCAUCCCGCCCCAUUCCCCCGCUUUCCAUCACCCCUCCCCAUUCUCCCUCCUUCCAUCACCCCGCCCCAUUCUCUCGCUUUCCAUCACCCCGCCCCAUUCUCCCGCUUUCCAUCACCCCGACCCAUUCUCCCGCUUUCCAUCACCCCGCCCCAUUCUCCCUCCUUCCAUCACCCCGCCCCAUUCUCCCGCUUUCCAUCACCUCGCCCCAUUCUCCCUCCUUCCAUCACCCCGCCCUAUUCUCCCUCAUUCCAUCACCCCGCUCCAUUCUCCCGCUUUCCAUCACCCCGCCCCAUUCUCCCGCUUCCCAUAACCCCACCCCAUUCUCCCGCUUUCCAUCACCCCGCCCCCUUCUCUCUCCUUCCAUCACCCCGCCCCAUUCUCCCUCCUUCCAUCACCCCGCCCUAUUCUCCCGCUUUCCAUCAGCCCGCCCCAUUCUCCUGCUUUCCAUCACCCCGCCCCAUUCUCCCGCUUUCCAUCACCCCGCCCCAUUCUCCCUCCUUCCAUCACCCCGCCCCAUUCUCCCGCUUUCGAUCAGCCCACCCCAUUCACCCGCUUUCCAUCACACCGCCCCAUUCUCCCGCUUUCCAUCACCCCGCCCCAUUCUCCCGCUUUCCAUCACCCCGCCCCAUUCUCCCGCUUUCCAUCACCCCGCCCCAUUAUCCCGCUUUUCAUCACCCCGCCCCAUUCUCCCGCUUUCCAACACCCCAGCCCAUUCUCUCGCUUUCCAUCACCCCUCCCCCUUCUUCCUCCUUCCAUCACCCCGCCCCAUUCUCCCUCCUUCCUUCACCCCGCCCCAUUCUCCCGCUUUCCAUCACCCUGCCCCAUUCUCCCGCCUUCCAUCACCCCGCCCCAUUCUCCCGCUUUUCCAUCACCCCGCCCCAUUCUCCCUCCUUCCAUCACCCCGCCCCAUUCUCCCGCUUUCCAUCACCCCGCCCCAUUUUCCCGCUUUCCAUCACCCCGCCCCCUUCUCCCUCCUUCCAUCACCCCGCCCCAUUCUUUCUCCUUCCAUCACCCUGCCCCAUUCUCCCGCUUUCCAUCAGCCCGCCCCACUCUCCCGCUUUCCAUCACCCCGCCCCUUUCUCCCGCGUUCCAUCUCCCUGCCCCAUUCUCCCGCUUUCCAUCACCCCGCCCCAUUCUCCCGCUUUCCAUCACCCCGCCCCAUCCUCCCGCUUCCCAUCAUCCCGCCCCAUUCUCCCGCUUUCCAUCACCCCGCCCCAUUCUUCCGCUUCCCAUCAUCCCGCCCCAUUCCCCUGCUUUCCAUCACCCCGCCCCAUUCUCCCGCUUCCCAUAACCCCGCCCCAUUCUCCCGCUUUCCAUCACCCCGCCCCAUUCUCCCGCUUUCCAUCACCCCGCCCCAUUCUUCGGCUUCCCAUCAUCCCGCCCCAUUCCCCCGCUUUCCAUCACCCCGCCCCAUUCUCCCGCUUCCCAUAACCCCGCCCCAUUCUCCCGCUUUCCAUCACCCCGCCCCAUUCUCCCACUUUCCAUCUCCCCGCCCCCUUCUCCCUCCUUCCAUCACCCCGCCCCAUUCUCCCCCCUUCCAUCACCCCACCCCAUUCUCCCGCUUUCCAUCAGCCCGCCCCAUUCUCCCGCUUUCCAUCACCCCACCCCUUUCUCCCGCUUUCCAUCUCCCUGCCCCAUUCUCCCGCUUUCCAUCACCCCGCCCCAUUCUCCCGCUUUCCAUCACCCCGCCCCAUUCUCCCGCUUCCCAUCAUACCGCCCCAUUUCCCCGCUUUCCAUCACCCCUCCCCAUUCUCCCUCCUUCCAUCACCCCGCCCCAUUCUCCCGCUUUCCAUCACCCCGCCCCAUUCUCCCUCCUUCCAUCACCCUGCCCCAUUCUCCCUCCUUCCAUCACCCCGCCCCAUUCUCCCGCUUUCCAUCACCCCGCCCCAUUCUCCCGCUUUCCAUCACCCCGCCCCAUUCUCCCUCCUUCCAUCACCCUGCCCCAUUCUCCCUCCUUCCAUCACCCCGCCACAAUCUUCCACUUUCCAUCACCCCGCCACAAUCUUCCACUUUCCAUCACCCCGCCCCCUUCUCUCUCCUUCCAUCACCCCGCCCCAUUCUCCCGCUUUCC